AUGAGUUCAAGAUCAGAAAGAGCUAAUCGUUUAAAGCAAUUAAGAGAAUCUAAACUUGGUAAAAUUAAACCAAGGACUUAUGAGAGCGAAGAUAUUUAUGAUGAGGUUGGAAAAGAUUAUGCCGAGCACGAUGAAGAAUUUGUAGUUGACGAUGACAAUGCUGGUUAUAUUGACAAUGGUGUUGAUGAUCAAUAUUUUUCCGAUGAAUAUGAACAGGAGCCUGAGCAAGGCAAACGAAAGAGAAGAUCAAAGAAGGAUCUAAAGAAAAAAGAAAAGGAGGCACUUAUUGCAAAGCCUAAUCAACAAAUUAAUCGUUUUUUCAACAAUUCAGCUAUGAAAGCGGCUUCAAAACCUAAGACAUUAGCCGAUGAAGAACAGACAGAAGAUUUUAUGGCAGAAUUAUUAUCUGGGUUUGGUAGUUCUACGAAAACAUCUACCACUAAACUUGUGUCGACUCAUAAACUUAAAUCUAAAAAUGUCGCGGCAUCAACUACAUUUGCACGUUCUAGAAUAGUAUUACAAAGAGAAGAAGAGUAUGAUAAUAUAUUUUCAAAUGAAGAAAAUCAAAAAUAUUCAUUUAAACCUCCACCUUCACCAAAGCAGCAAGCGCCAGUAUCUGUUACAGAUGAAAAUAUGGACGAUCUUGACUUUGGGGAUGAUAUUACAUUGGAUGAUAUGCUAAUUGAUGAGGAACAGUUAUUGAAAAAUAAAGUUGAUAAGAUGACAAUUGGUGAUACUACAGUUAAGCCUAAUUUCACAACAAACAAUAAAGACGACAUAAAAUCUGGUUUACAGAAUUGGCAAGCAGCUGAUGCAAAUAUAGUAGAUACCUUCCAUCAGGAUAUUGUCAAAGAAGAAUCUCAACAAAUGAGUAUUUUUGAAAAAGAUGGUCAUUUAAAAAUGUGGUGGUAUGAUGCUUAUGAGCGUAAAGAAAAAGGUUAUGUAUAUUUAUUUGAUAAUAAUCAAGAAACUACAGAAGAAGUUCAGAUAUCUGAUGUUUAUAGUGAAAUAUCUGAACUUUUUUCAAGUAAGAAAAUCACUAAAUUUGCAUCAAAGGAAGUUACUAGAAAAUAUGCGUUUGAGUUGCAUGAUGUUCCUGCAGAAUCAAAUUAUCUCAAAGUUUUAUAUGAUUUUGAGCAACCUUCACUUACUGGCGAAGAAAAGGGAAAGACAUUUAGUCAUAUUUUUGGUGUUAACAAUGGUCCACUUGAACUAUUUUUGAUAAAGCGUGAUAUUAUGGGCCCUUGCUGGUUGGAUAUUGUUGAUGCUAAAAUGAGUUCAACUAGUGAAACUUGGUGUAAAGCUGAACUUAUAAUAGAAGACCCUAAAAAAGUGAACCCGGUCAUUGAUGCUGAUGGUAAUCGACCUACGCAUGUCCCACCACUUGUUGUAAUGUCACUUUGUUUACGCACUAUUAUGAAUUCUAAAAAAAAUGUAAAUGAAAUUGUAGCUGCUAGUGCUCUUGUAUGUGAUCAAGUACAAAUCGACAAUACUACUUCUAUUGAGAAAUUAAGCAAAGCCAGAUUUACUGCAGUACGCCAGUUAGAUAAUACGCUUUACCCUGCAAACUUUACUGAUGCAGUAUUAAAAGAAAAAAGUCAAAAUGGCUUCAGCAUUCAAGUUGAAAGAACAGAGGCAUCUUUAUUGAAGUUUUUAAUAGCAAAGUUUCAAAUGUAUGAUCCAGACAUUAUUGUUGGCCAUAAUUUUGCAGGUUUCGAUCUAGACGUUUUAUUGCAUCGUAUGAAGGAUUUGAACGUUCAACAAUGGCAUAGACUAGGUAGACUUAAGCGUAGAUACUGGCCUAAAUUGCAGGCUGGUGCAGGAGGUGCGGGUGAAUCAACAUUUCAAGAGAGAUUGAUCAUGAGUGGUCGUCUUGUAUGUGACACUUACUUAGCAUCUAAAGAUUUAAUUCGAAGUAAAUCCUAUCGUAUGACAGAUUUAGCACAAUCACAACUCAAAAUUCAUCGUGAAGAUAUCGAGUUUGGUAAAUCUGCAGAAUACUUCAAACAAACUGACUCAUUAAUCCACCUUCUAAAACAUUGCUCAUUUGAUGCUUAUCUUGCCAUUGCACUUAUGUUUAAACUGCAGAUAUUACCUUUGACACAUCAACUUACAAAUUUGGCAGGCAACUUAUGGUCGAGAACUAUGACAGGCGCUCGAGCUGAGAGAAAUGAAUAUUUAUUGCUGCACGAAUUUCAUAAAGCAAAAUAUAUUUGCCCUGAAAAAACUUUUGGAGGACCCAAAUCAGCUGUUGUACAGGCUAUUGAACAAGAUGAUGAUGAAGAUGCAGUCGCUAUGGCAUCUACCACUAAAAAGAAGGUGGGAGGAAGACGUAAACCUGCUUAUUCAGGUGGUCUGGUUUUGGAGCCUAAGAAAGGUUUUUAUGACAAAUAUGUUUUAUUACUUGACUUCAAUAGUUUGUAUCCCUCUAUUAUUCAAGAGUACAAUAUUUGUUUUACUACGGUUGAGCGUGGUACAUUCAAGGAGGGAGAAGAGGAAAAUGGUGAAGAAAAAGUUCCUGAAAUUCCUGAUGAUUCAUUACCUCAAGGCAUUUUACCUCGAUUAAUUAAAACUUUAGUUGAUCGUCGUCGACAAGUAAAAUCCUUGAUGAAUGGUAAUAUGUCUGAAGCUGAUUAUAUGCAACUAGAUAUUCGACAAAAAGCUCUAAAAUUGACAGCCAAUAGUAUGUAUGGCUGUCUAGGUUUUACACAUUCACGUUUUUAUGCAAAGCCCUUAGCCAUGUUGAUUACUCAUAAAGGCCGUGAAAUUCUUCAAAAUACAGUUAAUCUUGCUAAUAACCUUGAACUUAAUGUUAUAUAUGGUGAUACCGAUUCUAUUAUGGUUUACACAAAUCAAGAUGACCUUGAAGAGGUUAAAAAAAUGGGUAAUCAAUUAAGAAAGGCAGUUAACAAUCAUUACAAACUUUUGGAAAUUGGUAUUGAUGGUUACUUUAAACAUAUGCUAUUACUGAAAAAGAAAAAAUAUGCUGCCUUAUUAGUAGAAGAAAAGUCUAAUGGUGAAUUAGUUGAAACAAUUGAAACGAAAGGUCUUGAUCUUGUACGUCGUGAUUGGUGUGAUUUAUCUCACGAUGUAUCAACACAUGUACUUCACCUUAUUAUGUCAGAUAAAGACCGUGAAGAUGUUGUAGCUGAAAUUCACGCCUAUUUAGAAGUAGUAGCAGAACAAAUUCGUCAGGGAGAUAUUCCCUUAGAAAAAUAUGUAAUCAAUAAACAGCUCACAAAGCGACCUCAGGAUUAUGCUGAUGCCAAAAACCAGCCUCAUGUUCAAGUCGCCCUACGUAUGCUAGAAGCUGGAGAGAAUGUUAAAAGCGGUGACACCGUACCUUAUGUUAUUUGUAAAAUUGAUGAAGAAACAAGUGGCGAUAAAAAAGGCUCAGCACUUCGAGCUUAUCACCCUGAUAUGGUUAUUAAAAAUAACAUGCAAUUAGAUAUAGAAUGGUACUUACAUCAACAAGUCCAUCCACCUCUUACUCGUCUUUGUUCACCUAUUGAGGGCACUGAUCCUGCUCGUUUAGCUGAAUGUCUUGGUUUAGAUACUAAAAGAUAUAAUAUUAUAAGUCAUCAAGGAAGUUUAAAUGAGGAUGACUCUGAAUUUGCUACUCUUGAUUCACAAAUCAGUGAUACAGAAAGAUUCAAAGCUUCCGAAAAACUUAUGCUAACUUGUAAUUAUUGUGGAGAAAAAGGAAUUUUGUAUGAAGGCAUUGUACGGGAAUUAGAUAAUGGAAAACUUGAAUGUGGUUUCGAUUGUACAAAAUGUCAUUUAACUAUCGAUACUACAAGUAUACAAGUUCAAUUAAUGCUUGCUAUUAGAAACUAUAUUCAACGAUAUUAUGAUGGCUGGUAUGUGUGUGAUGAUGAAACAUGUAAUAAUCGAACUCGUAUGCUAUCUGUUUUUGGCCGUCGAUGUGCUAUAGAAAAUUGCCGAGGUUUAAUGAGAAGAGAGGUAAAUGAUAGGAAAAAAAAAUAA